CCCUGCACCACGCCCACAGCUCGUGCCAGCACGCUAUGCAAGCUACGCCACUCUAUCCAUGGCGCGUCGCGACCCGCCUUCCCGUAUGUGAUACCCGAGUUACCGCGAGACGCGGUGGCGGAAGUCGCAGCGCUGCGCGCCUUACACGAGCGCGGUCGACGGCGACAGCAAGAGCCGUCAUGAGGGUUUUCAGUGCGGAGGAAGUGCACAGCGCGCUGCCGUACGAUGCGCUCAUCGAUCAUCUCCGCCUGGCCUUCCGCGCUUCCAGAAGCGGAGAUGGCAUCGCCGCGCCGCCACGCCAGCACUACAGCAUCGAGCGGCGCUGUGAGGACGACGGUGCAGAGGCUAAUAACGGGACGGAUGCUAGGUCUUGGGCGGAGCAUGAGGCAGCAGCAGGAGGAGCGGGAGUGGUGGGGGGAGAAGAAGGAGGCGCGGAAAGGGGAAGUGGAGGGGGGAAUGAAGCAGAGGGGAGGAGGCAAGCAGUGGGGACGCUGCUGGUGAUGCCGGCAUGGGACUCCGACCAUGACAUGGGAGAGCCCUUCCUGGGUGUGAAGCUGGCAACGGUGUAUCCGGGCAAUGCCAGGCACGGGCUGCCAUCUGUGGCAGCCAGCUACCUGCUCUCCUCUGCUGCCACUGGCGUGCCCCUUGCUCUCAUCGACGGCACGGCCAUCACCCUCAGACGCACAGCUGCUGCCUCUGCCCUGGCUGCUCACUACCUCGCACGCCCGGACUCCAAGGUGCUGCUCAUGGUGGGGACAGGCAACCUCGCGCCUCACCUCGUUCUCGCGCACCUCUCUGCCACCCCCUCCCUGCGCUCCGUGCUCCUCUGGGGCCGCACCCUCGCCAAGACGCAGCAAGUAGCUCAGGAACUGGCCUCCUCCCACCCAAUGUUCAGGCUCAUCGAGUCUGGGGAUUCUGCUUCCGAAGGGUUGGAAGAAGGGCAAGAAGAGGGAGUGGUCUGUGUUCAGGUUGUGAGCGAUCUGGAGCAUGCGGUUGGAAUGGCAGACAUUGUUUCGUGUGCUACGCUGGCCGCGGAGCCGAUUGUGUGUGGGCGGUGGCUGAAGCCUGCGACGCAUGUGGAUUUGGUCGGCGGAUUUCGUCCGGAUAUGCGCGAAGCGGAUGAUGACGUGAUGAUUGCGGCCAAGGGGUCGAUAUUUGUGGACUCGAAAGAGGGUGAUGCGAUCACUGAAGCUGGGGAUCUUGUGAAACCUAUUGCUAGUGGUGCGAUUGUGGAGGGGGACAUUAGGGGAGAUCUCUUUGAUCUUUGCUCCAAACGUGUGCAAGGGAGGAGAGGUGAGGAGGAAAUCACAGUGUUCAAGUCUGUAGGUUUGGCAUUAGAGGACCUUGUAGCUGCUAAGCUUGUGUGGAAUAAGAGGGCUAUGUGAGAUUUAGGAGUGAGUUUGUCAUCAAGGUUUUCGGUUAUGGGGGAAAUUUUUUCAAUAAUGAUACAAAUUGUGG